AUGGCUCGCGUCGUUGCCGCGGCACCGCUUCUCCUCCUCCUGCUUGCUUCGUCGUCCGCGGCCUUUGCCGACACGGUGCUCGGCCGCAAAGGCAGUACCGCGGCGGAGGGGCCCGUGCAGUUUCCGGGGGUGGGCAAGUACGCCGUGAUCUUCGACGCCGGGAGCACGGGCACACGCGUGCACGUCUUCAAGUUUGACAACAAGAUGGACCUCCUUGAGAUCGGCGACGACAUCGAGGUCUUCGCCAAGGUGUCCCCCGGGCUGAGUUCCUUCUCCGGGCGGCCCAAGGAGGCUGCAAAGUCCGUGAUACCACUGCUCGACAAGGCAAACAGUGUCGUCCCUUGGUGGCAAAUGAACAGAACUCCCCUUAAACUAGGAGCGACGGCUGGGCUGAGGCUUAUCGGAGACAAGCCAUCGGAGCAGAUCCUUCAAGCGGUGAGGGAUAUCGUCCACACCAAGAGUAAAUUCCAGUACAACCCAAAGUGGAUCAAUGUUCUCGAGGGAUCUCAAGAAGGGUCUUACAUGUGGGUUGCUCUGAACUAUCUGCUGGAUAGAUUGGGCGGAGAUUACUCGAAGACCGUAGGCGUGAUCGAUCUUGGUGGCGGUUCGGUCCAAAUGGCCUACGCCGUCUCUCCAAACACCGCAGCAAACGCCCCGGCAACGCCUGAUGGCAAGGACCCUUACAUCACCAAGGAGUACCUCAAGGGAAAAGACUACAACGUCUACGUCCACAGCUACCUGUACUACGGCAACUUGGCUGCUCGUGUGGAGAUCCUCAAGGCCAAGUCCGGGCCGUUCAGCUCGUGCAUGCUGCGUGGAUCCACCGGCAACUACACCUACAACGGCGAGAUCUACGACGCGGCGGCGUCGCCGGAAGGGGCAGUGUACACCAAGUGCAGGAAUGAGGUGGCCAAGGCGCUGAAGCUGGACGCGCCGUGCGCGAACAAGAACUGCACCUUCGGCGGGGUGUGGGGCGGAGGCGGCGGCGCCGGGCAGGCGACGCUGUACGCGGCCUCCUUCUUCUACGGCAAGGCCACCCAGGUCGGGUGGGUGGAUAAGGACGCCCCGAGCGCCAAGUCCAGCCCGGGGGCGUUCUGGGCGGCGGCCAAGAAGAUCUGCCCGCUGAGCCUCGAGGAGGCCAAGGCGGCGUAUCCCGGGGUGCGCGAGACGCCCUACAUUUGCAUGGACCUGGUGUACCAGUACACGCUGCUCGUCUACGGGUUCGGGCUGGCGCCGGCGAGGGAGAUCACGCUGGUGGACAAGGUGAAGCACGGGGAGUACUUCAUGGAGGCCGCCUGGCCGCUCGGCGAGGCCAUCGAGGCCGUCGCGCCCAAGAAGCGCAUCCAACAUGAUCCACCCGUCAACGUUGCAUGA